AUGGACGAAAUACCUAUGCCAACUAGCCUUCAAGAGGUGGAACGUCUGGUGAAGACGCUUUAUGAGCCCAACUCGGCUCAGACAAUAUUUCAGGUCCAGGAGGUCCUUCAAAGGCUUCAGAAGUCGCCCGAGGGAUGGCAGCUAGCCGAGGGUCUGCUCAGUCGCCCAGAUGACAAUCUGAAGUUUUUCGGUGCGCUCACCAUUAUCGUGAAGCUGAACACCGAUGAAAUAGAUAACGAUGGUGCGCGGUCCAUCUUGCAGAACAUCAUCGCUUUCCUCCUUGAAUCGUUGGACAACGGAUCAGGGGCUAUCGUUAUCAGAAAACUGUGCUCCGCCCUCGUCACACAUUUCAUCCACUUCUCCCACCUCUGGCCGUCGUGUGUCCGGAAUCUGUUGUACUGCUUGCAGCUCAACGAAAGCGUAGCAAUUCAGGAUGUGAUCCAGAGUGGCAAGAAUGUGCCUCCAGUAGCUGGGAUGAUUGCAGCACUGAACCUGCAGAUGACUGUGGCUGCGACAUGGUUCGCGACAUCGCUGGCCGAAGAGGUGGCAAAGACCGAUGCGAAAUCGACAAAGUACAUCAAUCUGCAUGAGCGUCUCUUAGAAAACUCGCAGGAUGUGGCAGCGCUAUUGGCAUAUUCGAUUUCAAAUUUGGCAGGGUCGCCGGCGCAGAAGGAGUCGAUCGGCUGUUUUCAGGCCUGGGUCAUGUACGGUCAGCGAGUACCUACGGCACAGUUGAUAACGAGUCUUCGUCCUCUGAUACAGCCUGCCAUAAAGUGCAUUGCUUUCAGUGCGCUAUACGAGACCACUGUCGAGCUAUUGACUGAUGCCCUGAAUAACUGGACAAACAUAUUUGCCCAUGAAGAUUACAAGGCGCUCUAUUCUCUCUUUGAGAGCGACUGGUCUAGAGAAAGAUACCAAAGACUCUUGCAGGGAGACUUUGAUUUCGACUCUGUUCAGUUUGGUCUAUUUAUGGUUGCAUUUGGCAGUGCUCAGAUCUCGGAUUUGAUGGAAACGCCCAACAGUGCCUUCUUGGAAGCGCUUGUUGGCUUGCUUUCAGCGCAGGGCUAUGCCGUCGCUGAAGACAAGAUAUUCGUCCCAGCUCUCGAGUUUUGGUCCGAAUUCGUCGAGACAGUUGGCGAUGAAGUCGAUUCCGGAUCAGCCGACUGGAAAAUGCAAACGCUGUCAACUAUCAUGCAAGUCGUAUCUCACUGUUGGCGAAAGAUACAGUAUCCACCCAUCAGUGACUUCAGCUCCUGGGAUUCGACUGAACGAAUUGGCUUCGGUGAUGCUCGCAAAGAUGUUGCGGAUUUGCUGCAAUCUGUAUACACAUUUUCUGGUAAACAGUUGCUCUCAUUGUUCGCGGACCUGACCCUCCAGGGUCUCUCGAGCAUGGCUUGGGCAGAGUUAGAAGCUGCUGCUUUUUGUCUCGGCUCGCUUUCUGACUGCAUUCCGGACGAUGGCGCUUGCGACGACGAUCUGACCACAGUAUUCGGCUCACCCUUGUUCGAGCUGCUGCGGGAAGGUCGGUCUACGGUGCCAGUUCGAGCCAGGCAAACUUGUCUCUCUUUGAUAGAACGCUAUACGGACUACUUUGAGCGUCGUGCUGAAUUUCUACCAGCAGCACUGAACCUCCUCUUUACGGCCGUUAACGAGCAGCACCUGGCUGGCCCUUCGGCCAAGUCGAUAUACAAACUAUGUUCGUCUUGUCGCGGGCUUCUCACGUCUGAAGUAGACGCUUUCCUAGACCAGUAUGCAUCGCUGCGCACGAAUCCAAACUUGGACUCAUUGAUCGAGGAAAAGAUUGCCGGCGCUGUUGCGUCGAUAAUUCAAGCGAUACCAGAAGAAUCAAGACGAUUUGAUGCCUUCCGACGAUUACUCCUGUUGAUUGCAACUGAUGUCGAGCAAUGUCUGCAGCUGAAGGCGUAUGAUGGAACAGUAGAUCCCAAUGAUCCUGUAGUCCUCAGAGCUUAUGAUACAUCGCAGCGUCCUGAGGUACCCGUGGCUUCAUCGGAAGUCUCCUCGCAAAUCGCCGUACGAGCCUUGCGGUGUCUUCUUGGUACUUCCAGAGGUCUACAGGCACCGUCGGAAUCGUUGAUAGAUCUGGAGGCAGAAGCUAAGGCAGCUUUGCCUGUGAACCCUGACUUGGAGCAGAUACAAAAGAGCAUAAUCGGCAUUCUUGAUCGCCUCAAGAAUACAUUUGCCGAGAGCAGCGAAACACUGGGUGUGAUUUGCUCGAUACUGCGGGCUGGUUUCUCGGAGACAGAACCAGGGCCGUUCGUGUUCCCACCUCAGAUGGUGACGGACUUUCUUACGAGCCCCUGGCAAAACAGAGUUGCAUCAGCAGUUUACACUGCAAACGUCUUUGUGAGCUCUCUUCAUAACGGGAGCAACAAGAACCAAGAGGCGGAAGCCAUUUCACAAUUCCUACCAUGGGCCAUCAGCCUUAUACAGCAACUUGCAGAUCCUGCCGACGACCCCGAGUUGGCUCAGUAUGUCAUCGAACUCGCACAGCAAGCGAUGACAAAGCGGCCAGAUAUCUUCAUGCAGCUGCAGCCGACAAGUUCACUUGAGUACCUAUUCAUGUUCUCAAUCAGGUUACUGAAUGGCAGCGAACCAUUGCCGAAAUUCGCAGCUGCAGACUUUUGGACGAGUUUCAUAACGCUCAGGGCCCCGGACGAAUGCACCAAUACGGCAAUCAAUAGUGCCUCGACCCACCUGGGCCCAAUCCUCUCAAAGUCUCUCAUACACAAUGUCGGAGGCAAUGCAUCACGUAGCGAGCUGGAUAAGCUCAGUGAUCCGCUCAAGAAGAUGGUCGUACAGCAUGUCAAUGCGCGGCAUUGGUUGGAGGCAGCUCUGGGUGAUGCGGCGUUUCCCAGUACGAAGGUUUCCAGCGACGAUAAGGCCUUAUUCUUGAAGAAAAUUCUCAACCUUCGGGGAUCGAGAGCAACGAAUCAGGUCAUUCGCGAGUUCUGGCUCUCUUGUAGAGGAUCUGAUUUUGCAUAUGCAUCAUGA